AAAACCGAGUUUUCUCAUCCUUAUCGAAAGGCUUCAGGCUUGGCACCGCGCCAACUCCGAAAUGUGCGUGAAAAAGUGUGCGAAUUAGUUGAAAAAUGGCGAUUUUCGUUGGUGUCACAGGUUCGCCGGUGAUAUUCAGUAGAGUAUGGCCAAAAAGUGAAUCCAGACUGACGAUUCGUCGAGUUUGCGCUUUUUUCGGAGGCAUUCUGGAAGAAAUUGAGGUUAAAAUGCAUUUAAAUGAGGGAAAACGGGUUUUGAAAAGCGCGCGCGCGCCAAAAAGUUGUCUGUGGCGCAUUUGAACGAAUUUUCUGAGAAAAAUCAUGGAAAAUACAUUUUAUUUAGCAAUGUAUCUGAAUUUUUGCCAAAAAAUCGAGAAAAUGUGUUUUUUAUGCGACAAAUGAAAAUACACUUUAUUCGGCAAAUUAUUGAUUAUUUGCGCAAAAAACACUGAAAAAUCGAACAAAAAUUGAGAAAAAACCAGAAAACAGGGAUUCGGGCCUAAAUUCAUCGGAAAAUGUGUUACUGGACGGUUUUUUUCGCGCGAAAAUGAUGGAAAAUGCAAUUUAUCUGACAAAUUAUUGAUUUUCUCCGAAAAAAAUACACUGAACAAUAGGGAAAACGGAAAUUUUCGACUUCAAAAUAAAAUAAAAACAAAACAAAUUAAAUUUUGUUUUCCGAGAGACCGCUCUUCAGCACACACAUCGAGAGAGACGCAGAGAAUCGGGUACGGUAGCGCGGUGGGUCUCGCCACGACAUUUUUUGUCAUUCAAAUUUUUUUUUGUGUGUUUUAAAAUUUUUUCAUGCGCAAAUCCACGCAUUUCUCACUUUAAAACGCGUUUUUCAAUAAAAAAUGACUUCAAUCGCCGUAGAAGAAUUAUUUGGAAGAAAUUUAGAAACGAGCCGUGCACCGAAUCCUUGGCCAGCGCCGAGCACACAAGAAACUGAGCCAUUUGAAAUGUUCGGUAAAGGAGCUGGAUCCUUUUUUGACGACAAGCCGUCCUCCGACUCGGAAGACCAAAAAGAUGUGAAAAAAGCUAAUCAAGCGGCCCGUGACUCGUAUUAUGGAGCCUAUUCCUACGCAACUCAAGAUUUCUCAUCGUCACGUGGAUUGUCGAGAGAUAUGGAGCAACUGAAGUCUCCCGCCAAAUCUGAAAGUAAUGGCACUUUGAGAUCGGAGCAUCAAUGGCGUGAUAAGAGACGAGAAAACCACCGACGUCCAUUGAAGGAACACCAUCGAAGAAACGAAACUCGCAGGGAUUACAGAUCCGUCGAAACAGUCCACGAAACUAUAAAAAUCGAGUCUCGCCGCACCGUGGCCUGCGAAGGAAAUGUCUAUUUCGAAGAAACGAACGUCAUUCAAUUUCCCAAAAAUCUGCCGCCCAACGUACACGUGAUCACCGCCGCCCAAUAUGGAUCGAAUUAAAUGUUUAUUUAUAAAUAUUCGUUUUUUUUUUUGUUUUUUGUUUUAUUAUGAAAGUCUAGUGAAAAGAACUAGCUGUUUUAUAAAUUUAUAUGUCUCCCCUCUG